AUGUCGACAAAUAAAACUGAAUUUGACAAUUAUUCAACAAUGAACGAUGUCGAAUAUCUUACGAUGUCAUCAACAUUUACUGGUGAAAAUAUUUAUUCAGCAAAUGUUGAUAUUACUAAUAAUACAUUGACCAAUUUGGAAGAAACUUAUCAACAUUCAUUAUCAAACCAUGAAGUUGAUGAAUUAGUCAAUCAAUUAAGUGCAAUAGAUUAUAAGAAGGAUCCUCUCGAUCAAGAAGAUUCAAAUUCGGAACAUAUUCAAAAUCAUCAUAACGCACAAAUUCGUGAUGAACAGAAUAUAACGGCGGAUAAUUUACAAUCGCCUACUCCACUUUCAUCAGAUUCUGUUACUGAUCGUGAAAAUUCAUCACCAAGUAUCACUCAAGAAUAUCCAUCUGUUCAAUCUCCUACUGAGCUACCUACUGUAACUGUUGAAAAUUGGUCUACCGAUAAAACAUCUCCAGAACGAUCUGCUGCAAUCGAACAAAUUCAAGAAUUAAUACAAAGACUAGCACCAGAAAAUACGACUUAUACAUAUGAUAUUCCUCAUAGUGAAGUUUUACAAAAUGUUCGUCAGAUUAUAACUAUUAUUACGAAUCCACAUGUGUAUGAUUCUCAAAAUGAUUCACAUAUAUUAUCAAAUGAAUAUGUUACAGCUACAGAACCAACACCUUUUUCAUCAAUAACAAAUCAAUAUCAUGAUUACCAAGUUUUCGACUCGAAUGUUAACAGUGAAUCAUCAUUGAUAACUUACGAACACAAUGAUGUAUCAAAUACAUCUCAAUUGAUAAUGGAUGAAAAUGAUGAAUACCUAGAAAUACCUACAGAAGAAAUCAUCCUACCUGAUGAAUAUAAUUCGACUGCAAAUGAUCUUUAUGAAUCAAAUGCUUUACAUGAAGAAUAUAUUUAUAAUUAA